CAAAUCAGCUGUUUUGCUUGGACACAGUAGCGCUCGGUCGGUACGUGGGCGUUGCAAGUUGCAGUUACAGCUAGAACUGGAGAGUUUGCCACCCACCCACAAAAAGCGAAUACAAAAAGCAAAAGGAACAUCUCGCCAUCCACAACGACGGCUGCAAAGUCGCUCGCUCGCAGAUAAACAGUGUAAACAACAACAAAACAAACAGCAAAUUAUGUUUCCUCACUUGAAGAGUGAACGCGUCAAUCUGCAACUGCUGCAGGAGUCCGCAUGCCGCGAACUGGUGCAACAGCUCGACGCCAUACAUGGCUCCAAAGUGAUUGUGCUGGACGAGGCAAUGAUUGGGCCACUCGGUCUGGUGACCAAACCGAAUCUCUUCAGAGAGCGCUCCAUUGAUUUGUUGCCCCUUAAGCCGGAGAUGCGUUUCCCCAAGGAGCUAAGCAACAUUGUGUACAUUGUUCGGCCACAGGUGGCGCUCAUGGAUCAGCUGGUUGCGCAUGUGAAAACCAACAGUCAACAUGGCCGGCAAUUUCAUAUUCUCUUCGUGCCACGGCGCUCGUGUCUGUGCAUCAAGCAGCUGGAGAACAAAGAGGUGAUGGGCGCAUUUGGACGGCUUGAGGAGUUGCCCUGGAACUUUCUGCCCCUCGAUGCGGAUGUGGUGAGCAUGGAAAUGCUGCAUGCAUAUCGUGAUGUCAGCAUCGAUGGCGACACCACAGCGCUGUAUCAGGCGGCCAUUGGAUUGGUGCAAUUGCAGCGUCUCUACGGACGCAUACCCAAGAUCUAUGGCAAGGGUGUCCAGGCGCAGCUGGUGUGGGAUCAUGCCAAGCAGCUGGCCAUCGAUGAGAAGUCACUGUACAACGGCGAUAAGGGCGCCAUCGAUCAGCUCAUUCUGUUGGAUCGUGGCAUCGAUCUGCUGUCGCCGCUGGCCACCCAAUUAACAUACGAGGGACUGAUUGAUGAGUUCUAUGGCAUACGACAGAAUCAACUGACGCUCCCCGCUGAGCAUUUUCCCUCCUACAAUGCAGUCAAUUCGUCGUCCACAGCUGCGAAUGCUGCCCGUGCUGCUGAGGAGUCGGAACGCUUGCUGUCGGACAGAGGACAGCGCAAGACGCUGAUGCUGCACUCGGGCGAGGAGCUGUAUGCGGAGUUGCGCAACAAGAACUUUAACGAGGUGCGCAUGCUGCUCGUGCGCAAGGUGAAGGAAAUCCAGGAGCAGAUGAAUUUGAAUUCCCAGCAGCAAUCGGUGCAGGAGAUCAAGAGCUUUGUCGAGCGUAUGCCACAGAUGCUGGAACAGAAGCGUGCCACCUCGGAUCACACAGCCAUCGCGGGUCUGAUCGAUGAGCAACUGAAGAGCUAUGCUUUCAACGAUGACCUCGCCGCCGAGCAGGAGUUCAUGGUGUGUGCGGACAUCGACAAGUCGAGCUCGUACAUUGAGGAUCUCAUUGCUCGCCACUCGGAGCUGCACAAUGUGCUGCGCCUGAUUUGUCUGCAGUGCGCCGCCGCCUCCGGUUUCAAGGAGCGUGUGCUCAACCAUUACAAGCGCGAGCUGGCCCAUGUCUAUGGGCUGGAGGUGCUGCUGACCAUCAGCAAUCUGGAGAAGGCGGGUCUGCUGCAUGCCCAGACCGAAUCGCGUGCUUACGCCGUGCUGCGCAAGACACUUCACCUGACCGUGGACGACAGCGUCGAGGUGAAUCCCAAGGACAUCAGCUACGUGCACAGCUUCUAUGCUCCGUUGACCGCUCGCCUCGUCGAGCACUCGCUGAAGCCGCUUGGUUGGCAGUCGCUCAAGAGCCAGAUCAACAAUCUGCCCGGCCCGACGUUCGAGGACUUCCAAGUGCCUCUAAUUGGCAUCGGGGGACGUCAUGGAGGCGGCGGCACGCCCAGCGAGACAUCGCUGUUGCAUGCGCGACGUGUGGUGCUCGUGCUCUUCGUGGGCGGCUGCACGUUUGCGGAGAUUGCGGCGCUGCGAUUCUUGGCGGCGCAGGAGGACAACAAUGUGCAGUUUGUGAUUGCGACAACGAAGAUCAUCAAUAAGCGCACGUUCCUCGAGAGCGUGAUGGGAUCGUGAAGGCAGCGCCUCAGUCGCCUGGAGGCGCAUCGCUUGUCCGUCAGCUGUGGCAUGUCGCGGGGUCGCAACGCCUCCAUCCCGUUGAAGCCAUGACCAAAAAUGUGCCAGCCAAAGCAGCCCAAACAGCGCAGUGCUGGCUACAAACCCAAGCCGAUGACGACAGCAAAGCAACCGAUGCCAGAGUAGACCACCACACAUAGAAGAUGUCUGCUCUAAAUUAUAUAUAUAUAUAUAUAUAUACACGCAAACAUAUAUAAAUAGAUAUAUCCUGUGUGUAUAAAUGUUAUUUUUCUAUACACAACGCGAAGAUUCGAUAACGGCAUAUAAUAAUUCUUAUUAUUAAUCAACUAUUUAUGUAUAUCCAGAUUAUAGAUGAUAACUCCUACUAUAUAUACCAUAUAUGUCAUACUAUAUAUUUUAUAUGUGUACAGUUUGAAUGGGGCUCUUGCAACUCGCGAUUUGUAGAUACAACCUCUCUAGAUGUUAUUACAUAUACUACAUAAAUAUAACCAUAAAAUCCCCCACACACAAAUUAUAUCUAAAAACAUAUAUAUUUAUAUAAUCUUUAUACACUUGUAAAGUAAGAAAGAAAACGAGAGAACGACAGAGAAAGAUAGAGUGAAUACUCCUUAGGGAAUUGCUUGGCAAAAACAUUCCGUGGUCAGCUUAUUGCAUACAACAAAGAAUUAAAAACUAGACAAACUGAAACACACUUAAGUAUAUCUUUGUAUACUUUUUGAAGAAUUGUAUUGUUAAACCUAUAUGCUAUAUAUAUACACUAUGCAUAAGUUUAUUGAGUUCAAUAAAUGUAAAUUCAAAGUCCAGCUCAGACAUAGAAACCCCAAGGUUUUCUUUGUGACGAAUAUAGAAGUGAGAAGAAAAAUUUAUACAUACAUAUGUAGACAUUCUAGUUUAUACUUGAUAGAAAAACAUCAAUUAUAUGAUAUUUCAUAUAAAUCCCAUAUAGAUUAGAUUCUUAAUCCUUACCCAUAGAUGACCAGUUUUAAUUCUUUCAGCGAUAUGUUCGCGAGGUGAAUUAAUAGAUUGACGAUUUCCUAUGGCCCAGUAUUCCUCCAGAGAUAUUUGAUCUUCAUCGAUGUUAUUAAAAAUGCAUGUGCUUAGUCAAGUUUUCUUUCGUUUUUUGUAUGUUGUAUUUUUUAUUUUGUUUUAUUUUAUUGACGUGUGUAUCAAUUAAAUUGUUAUUCGUUUUGUCCACUUCAAAAAUACAAUUUAUCAAUAAUAAUAAUAAUAAUUAUAUAAAAAAAAAAACAAUUUUAUAAACAUAAAAAAUAUUACAUAUGUAUGUUCUGUUUUGUUUUCUGUUCCCCUCCUCUUGCAUUUUCCCAUAUUUAUCCAACUUCUUCUUCCUUCCCAUCGCGCUCUCGCUCCCACUCUCACUCAUCAGCGAACUGUUGCUGUCUCUGUCUCUGUCUAACCCAUGUUACAAGGAGGUUAAUGUUCUUUGAAUUUGUUAAUUUCAGUGAUUGUUUGUUGUUGUUUUUACUGUU